GUACGACUGGACCUCCAGAACUUCUGCCAAACACCCCAAAUAUCCCGCCCUGUCGCUCGCAAGUUUUCCUUUCUAUUCUUUCUUUUCUCUUCUUUUCUUUUCUCUGUAUUCUACUUCUUAGUAUUCAAUGCCUAGUGACCUAUUCAAUUCCAUUCGAAAUAGAGUGCGAAGCUCGACGCCCAUCAACCCACCAGGAUCUGUGACAUCGCAGAGGACGACGGCGCAUCAAACAUGACGAGCGUAGAUGAACUUUUCAAAAAUGUUGGAUCGUCCGGUAAGCGGAAGCUAGAUCCAGUGCGCGAUCCGAAUGAGAUAUACAAGUCGGCCAAGUUGAGCGCAAGCGAUCGGAACAGUCGCCACGACCGCGUCGCAAACGAAAAUGAGGACGUCGACAUGGAAGCCGGCCCCGCGCCUCCUCCUACAGACGAAGGCGAUACCGGCGACUACGGACCGGAACCUCCACCAGACGAAGACGACGAGGGCCGCUUCUUUGGAGGCGGGGUGUCUAGGGAACAAGUCCAAGCCCUGGAUUUCGUCGAAGCCCGUGGCGAUGACGCGGCCUUAUCUGUGGAGAUAGGCGCUACAUGGCUGAGGAAGACGGCGCUCGUCUUCGAGAAGCUCAUCAACAAGAACGCAGAGCUGCGAGCCAAGUACGAGCAGGAACCGCAAAAAUUCAUCGCCAGCGAGGCCGAUCUGGACGCCGCCAUCAAGGAAUUUUCGAUUCUGUCCGAACACACCGACCUGUGGCCCGAGCUGGUCAAACUCGGCACCGUCACCAGCCUGGUGGGGCUGCUGGCCCACGACAACACGGACAUCGCCAUCAGCACGGUGCAGAUGAUAUCGGAACUGACGGCCGACGACGUCGAAUCGACCGAGGACGACUGGAACAAGCUGGUCGAUGCCAUGCUCGAGGCGGACCUCAUCGGCCUGCUCGUGUCGAACCUCAAGCGGCUCGACGAGUCGGACGAGACGGACGCCGGGGGCGUCUACCACGUGCUUUCCGUGGUCGAGAAUACCAUGUCGCGGCCGGCCGUCGCCCAGACGGUCGGCCUGGACGACGCCUUGCUCCGCUGGCUCCUCGACCGCGUGCAGCGCAAAGAGGAGGGCGUCAGCGCCGGCGUGACGCAGAACAGACAGUACUCCGCCGAGCUGCUCGCUAUCAUCUCGCAGGUCUCGGCCGCGACGCGGCGCAAGCUCGUCGAAAUGGACGUGGUCGACGUGAUGCUGCAGCUCGCCGCCCCCUACCGGAGGCGCGACCCGGAGAAGGGCGGCGAGGAGGAGGAAUACGUGCAGAACCUAUUCGAGACACUCGUCUCCCUCGUGGACGAGCCCGAGGGCAAGACCAAGUUCCUCGAGGCCGAGGGAAUCGAGCUGUGCGUGCUGAUGCUGCGCGACAGUGGGAGCAAGAUGAACAAGCUGCCCACCGUGCGGCUCCUGAACCACGCCGUGAGUGGGUUCUCGGCUACGCAGGUCUGCCAGAAGCUGGUUGAAGCCGGCGGGCUCAAGCCCCUCUUCAGCCUAUUCAUGAAGAGGCACGACCACCGCAUCUACGUGGAUCUUUUGCUCGGCAUCUUCGCCUGGAUGCUCCAGCUACUCCCCGCCGAGUCGCCGGAACGCAUACGGACACAAGCAAAAUUCGUGGAGAAGAAGUAUCAGAAGACAGUACAGCUGGCUGCCACCCGGCGGAGAUUUGCAGAGGCCGUUGAGAAGGUCGAGGCCGAGUUUCGAAGGACAAUGGAGCAGAUGGAUGAAUCCGAGAGGGAAACACUGGCCGGGGAGGACUAUUCACUUCUGGAGAGGAUCGACGCGGGCCUCUACACACUGCAAUAUAUCGACAUCAUCCUGGCCUGGUUGGCGGCCGAGGAUAGCGGCGCCAGGGGGAAGAUCCGGGAACUCUUGGCCGAACAGGGUAAGUCGCUAGACGAUAUCAAGAUGACACUUCAGGCCCACCUGGACAAACUCGACCCCGAAGCGCCAGAGUCGAGGGACUGGCAAGAGAUGCUCGGCGCGCUCAUCCAUGCUAUCUAACACCAGUAACGAAUCGGAGUGAACGAGUCGAAGUGGGUUUUGGGCAGAACGGGGUGUUCAUCUCAGAGGAUACUCUCAAGGUCUGGGUCAAGCCCGCUACUUUUGCACUGGGGCUGUAAUAAUGCAUCAAAAAAUACGAACUGUAUCGGUCGACGGACAGCGGAAAUCUGGUGUUUCCCAUGUUCAUUUGCAAGGCGCAUAGGAUCCCUGAUGAGAAGCUCUAGCCCUUUUGUGUAGAUCCUGAUUAGAAAUAAUGAAGAGAACGAAAAUAC